AUGGCUUCCAUGAGGGCACAAUUCACAUGGGUUACGAUUCUCAUUGCAUGUUCGUCUUCACUAGCCUUACCAACCUCGACCAUUUCAGCUGCACCAGCACAUCUGCCAAAUCCGUCUCUACCCUUUUCUUCCCCGACCUUGUCUCCAGAUAUUACUCCACUCUUCCCUUCGCCAGGUGGAGCAGGGCCCCCUCCAGCUGAGUCCCCACUCCCCACCAUUCCUUCCAGCCGGAGCCCUCCGGAUCCGUUCCAAGUGGUUGCUCCAGGGCCAAGCAUGGCUGAUUCGCCAUUUGGGUUUCCACCACCUCCUUCCUCAGUUGCUCUGGGCGUGUCUGUCUCUCCACAUUCAGUUAUAUUUCUGGGUUUUGUGACAUUUUUGUUGAUGCAGCUUUCUGUUGUGUAAAGGUAUUUCAUGCACAGCUUUAUGAUUUGUGAGGGAUUGCUGGUGGGGGCCUCCAAUAAUUGUAUGGUUUCACUUUCUCUUCUGUGUUUAUUUUAUCUCCCCCAAGUGUAUUUUAUGUGCCUUUGAGGCGUUUUUUUCAGAUUAAAAAAAAAAAAAACUGUAUUGUAUGUCA